GUGGGCCCAUGCUGGUGGGGGACGAGGCCCCCCCUCCCUGCCUCUGGGGGGGGGUCCUGGGGGCCUCGGACCCUGACAGCCCCCCCGACCAGCUGACCUUCCACCUGGAGACUCCUCCUCUGCACGGCUUCCUGGAGAACACGCUGCCGACGCCGGGCUCCGAGAAGAGCAACGCCGGGGUCCGAGUGGAAUCCUUCAGUCUCAUCCACCUGACCGCCGGUUUCAUCAACUACGUCCAAUCAGAGAGCAGAGGGGUGGAGCCGACGGUGGACCAGCUGUCUGUCAGCGUGAGUGACGGGCUGCACCGCUCCGCCCCCGUCCCCUUCUACAUCAUCAUCAAUCCGACCAAUGACGAGGCGCCCUCACUGCUGCUCGCCAACUUCACCGUGAAGGAGGGCGGGAUGAGGGAGCUGACGCCGUCCGUGCUGAACGCUUUCGACCUGGACGCUCCGCCGGACGUCCUGACCUUCACGGUGGUGCAGCCGCCGGCUCACGGCAGCCUGAUCAACGGCAUCUACGGCGCCGAGACGAGCCGCUACAAAGAGAUGGGAGCCGAGCUCCUGCAGAGGAGCCUCCCCAUCACCUCCUUCACCCUGCAGGAGCUCCGACAGGGCAUGAAGAUCGUGUACAUGCAUGAUGACACAGAAACCCUGAAGGACGCCGUGUCUCUGCGGCUGACAGAUGGCGUCCACACAGUCCAGGGGACAGCUCAGGUCACCGUGCUGCCGGUCAACGACGAGGCGCCACGACUGCUCAA